UUGUAAACACUGUUUUCCCGUUGGGAACGUGUUGCUCAGCCGUACGGUAUUUACUGGCGGCUUUGCUAUGAUCGCCUGGUUGCGCUGUGCCUCGCGGGAUGUAGAGUGAUUUUUCACAUCGCUAUUUCAUCCUGCCAAGAUGUAGUGUGCGCAGAAAAAAGAAAGAUCUUCUGGUGUGCUUCGAGGUACCUGCCGAGUUUUGACUUGUAGGCCUAAUUUUCACCGAGGGAAAUGGUGCUCAUCCAGCUGAAGUUCCCUGCCGCUGACUGUUUGGUCAACAUGAGAGAGCACUGAGGGGCUCUGGUCUGCCCACAAUGUCCGGCAAGAUCGCUUCGAGCGUGGAGCGUGAUGCCCUUCGAGAGCGGGAGCGACAGGCCCGUGCACUUCGCGCGGGUCUGGGCGGAGGAGAUUCCGGAGGACAUCCCAUCUUCAGGGCCCCCAUCAAGGUGGAUCCCGGCCAGGAAGAUGAGCUGUCCCGACGCAUCAAAAGCACUCUGGGUGACUUCAACCAGGUGCAACGGCUCCUCUCGCAUGACCCCAACCACCUGAUUGGCAUCUCGCGCACCAAUGCGGCCGCGCAGGCUCGAGCGCCACCUGCCGUUAGCAACCCCGUCAAUGGCAGCAGCAGCACGGCCUCCACGUGGAAUGGCAACGCCACGGAUCCUGGAGGAACAAGAAGUAGCAGCAGCAAUAGCAGCAGCUCGCUGGCUAAGCAGCAACACCAUAGUAAUAGUGUGAGCAGCAGCAACAGCAGUGGUGGUGCCAGCGGCGCGCAUCCUGCUAGCCAGUCCAGCAGUAGCAAUCAACAGCAGGGUUCCUCUCACCACAGCAGCUCAAGCCACCGCUCACACCAUGGCAGCAGUCACCACUCCCACCACCACUCUCACCAUCAUCACAAAAAGCAGCAGCAGCCGCCACACCAACCUCCGCCGCUGAUGAACGGCCAGUACAAGCCCUCGUCUACUUCCUCGUCAUCCUCGGCAGCCGGCAAGAACAGCAGGCACCCGUCCCAGCCUCCGCAGAGCUCGAGCCACCACCACCACCAGUCAAGGGGCAGCUCUCACGAGCAAGGCCGGCUAGAGGAUGCAACAUCGAAUUCCAAGGCAAGCUCUUUGCCAGCUUCAAGUGUGGCCUCGAGCACAGCCUCAACCACUAACCCCCCAGUGGCACCAUCGAGCCAAGGACCUCCAAAUGGCCUUAUCGUUCGACCACCAGCCAUGCGUGCACCCUCCAAGGAUGUGAACAAUGGAAACAGCUCAGCCUCGGCACAGCACCAGUCGUCCACAAAUUCUUCAUCGCUCACGGUGCGCACAGAAAGCAAUGGCCCAGCAGCCGGUAGCACAAAGUCUUCUUCGUUGCCAAGGAGCUCUGCAUCCGACUCCAAACCCAAGCGGCCUGCGCCUCGGCUCCAAGUUUCAGCCCCUUCAUCAGAUAGUGGGACUGGCAGCACACUUCCGGAACUGGAAACCAUUCUCAAGGAAAUGAAGAAAGUUCCACCAGUGUUGACAGCAAUUGAAACCCCCAGGAAAGAGGAAUGCCGGCCUCAUUUUCCAACAACACCGGUGCAGGACCCAGUGCCUAAUCACUUGGAUGAAAAUGGCGACUCGAAGCACCUCCUCGACUCUAGGAAAGUGGCCAGCCCUCCGGGCAGCAGCAACCUUCAGGAUGACCUGGAGAUGAGCGAUAGCGACGAUGACCAGGAGCCACCAUUUCGCAAGACCUCUUCACUUGGUUUCUCCAUAUCGAAGAACCCCACUUCUCCAAAUGAAAACAUUCUUCAGCCACCGUCACUUGUUGAGAAGAUGUCAUCAUCAGAUUCAAGUUCCAGUGACUCUGAUGACUCCUCCUCCGCAUCGGGCUCCGGAAGUGAUUCUGAAAGCUCAGACAGCGAUGGGUCUGCUCCGGAAACAGGCAGAGAGCCAAGUACCCAGAGUUGGCAGCUGGCCGACCUUAUUGGAAAGCGCAGCUCUUCUGUGGGUUUGGGGGCUGGGCUGGCCCCCAUGGGUCGGCAGUCACGAGCUGAGGAUUCCCUUGUAGACGAGGACUCCUUCACACCCAUCCUCUCCCAAUUCCCAAACGCACAUGCCGACAUCGAUGUCAUGCUCAAAAGUCCCAGUCCUGAAGGCUUGGACCUGAUUCGUUCACCGGUCACCAAGCCAUCAAGCUUUCUUCUUUCCCCGGUGCACUCAAGCCCAUCACGGAGUCCGCUGCCCUUGACCAGCAACGCCCGAGCUGCUCCACACAGUCCCUCACCGCAGGGCCUCCAACCUGCAAAACCCCUGACGGGUGUGACGGCCGCUCUGUCCGACGACGAAGGUCCCUGCCAGAUGCAGAAUGGCAGGAUAACCAUGAGGCUGGGCAAGCAGCAGCCACCACCGCCCAAGUCAGAACCCGAACCCCCAGCUGCCAAACAGCCAGAGCCAGUGAAACGGUCAUGGCCGUCCAAGGCUGCAAAGAAAGAGACUAGUCCCAGUCUGGCCCCCCCUGCGAGGAACAAGAUGCCUGCUGCCCCUGUCCUGCCUGCUAAGACUGAAGCAUUGGAAGGUGAUAACACAGCCAGAGAACCCACACCCAUUGGCAUUACUCCGGCAGUCAGUCGGACGACUUCAAAGCGGAGUCAGUCAGACCGCUACAAUGAAAAACGUUCCAAAAUUCACAAACCUACAACGAGUCGAACAGCACCGGUGCUGUCCGACUCAUCCAGUGAAGACGAGGGGCCGCGACCUCCUUCUGCUAUGGGGCGGCUGUUAUCUAGCGAGGACGGCCGAGCCGAACAACGAAAUUCCACCGUGGCUACCGUGCCGCGAGGCCGACCCCCCAAGCCGUCGCGCACCGAUUCUAAUGUGCACAAGGAUGAGCUGGUUGUUCCCAAGAGGGAAGGGAGGGGCAUGCCACGGACUCCUCCCGAACCGCCUUCACUAUUGUCUCCUAUUGGGCAGCGCAGUGGCAGUGAAGUCCGAGAGAGUGUGCCUACUGCAACGGACAGCAUGGUUGUCUCCAUUCCCUUGAGCCGCCUCCUUAGGUUACCAGGACGACCAGGGAGGCAGCAGCCAUCUCCACUCCUCUCAAAAGAGAACCCGUUGGACACUGGGCCAGCUACACAGAAGCCCGAUGGUUCAAAGCAUAGCAGUGCGGUGUCUUCCCCAGCAAAGGGCAAGUCAAGCUCGAAGAGAAAAAGUGUUCCAGACGAGGACAGGGGAAGCAGGGAGCAAGAAAAGAAGCGGCGAGUGUCAACUAGCUCCAGUGGCUCGCUACGAGCCAAGAGAGAGCAAGCUGAACUGCCGCGUCCGGAUGAUGAAUCGGAGAGCAGGCAUGCAUGGCCUGAGCCUCUACGCUCGUGCGACAGCCCCAGCAGUUUGAGUUCAUACUCAAGUCAGCGGAGUGGCUCUCGGCAACACCGCGGGCGGCCUUCCUCAUCCAGCCGGAGUCGUUCCGAGAAAGGCGCAUCCAGGAAAGAAACGACUCCUUCUAGUGAAAAGUCCAAGAGGCAUCACAAUCACCACCGGGACAAGAAAGAGUCGUCUGGCUCGAGAACCCGAUCCCAUUUGGAUGGAGCAUCAUCAUCGAACAAGUCUCGGAAGGCUCAGGAUGAUCCUUGCUCAGAGCCCGGUGCCAUGGCAGGCAGCACAGAUGUUGCUUCUUCUAGUCAGGUGAAUUCUUGGGAGGGGCUCCUGUCGAGCUCGGACCAGAGCGAAGUGCACGGGCAUGAGACGCCCGGCAGCCGCAUGGGCAGUGGGGGGAUGUCGUCGUCGACGUUGCCGGUCGGGACUGGAGGCCUCCUGACCGUAAAGAAGGAGGAGCCCGCCGACAGGCAUAGCCAGCUGGGCAACCCAUCCCAGCUGCUAUCCUAUAGCUCGCACCAGGUGUGGGAGGCAAAAAAUAGCAGCUCGGACUACUUCCUGUGCGAGGCAAAGCGGCUGAAACACGAGGCUGAUCGGGAAGUGCACCGCACAGCACAGGCGGUCAAGUAUUUAGAAGCGGUGCUCUACUUCAUCCUGACGGGGAAUGCCAUGGAACAUGGUCGGGCUGACCUUGACAAUGUGUAUCGCAUGUACAAGGAAACACUCAAUCUCAUCAAGUACAUUUCAACAAAAUUUCAGAAGCUUCAGAAUGACGCCUAUGGCAGCAUUGGCAACCAACUUGCCGUGCUAAGCCUACGGUGUCAAUCUUUAUUGUACAAAAAGCUCUAUGAUUUGAAUAAGAAUGAUGUCCGUGAGAACAUGCGUGCCCUGACUGAGUUCCAAAAGUGCCCAUUGGGCAAGCUUGCCUCGCCACCCCUGGCUCCGGCAGGCGUCCGCCUGCAGCGGUCCCCGUGCCAGCCGUCUCCACAUUCGCCCACGCCUUCACCUGCGGGAAGUGUGGGCUCCCAGAGCAGCGGCUACAGCAGCUGUGAACUGGCCAGCAACGGCCAUGGGGGAAGCCGGCAACAGCCAGCGACAGCGGCCACCAUGGUGCCAGCCAUAGCCCCAGCAGCAGCGGCGCCCUCACCGGGAGCAGUUGCCCUGCCACAGUCCCAGUACCUGAUGCUGCAGCGCCAAUUGGCAAACCUGACGUGCCUGCACCGUUGCCACGACAUGUGGGAGCAGGCAGACUCUCUCACCAGCCGCUCACACUUUAGAGAGUUUUUCGAGGACCUUGACAAGGACUGUGGCAAACUGACCCUGCACAGCUCGUGCUCGGAGCUGGUGAAGUACAUUCAGGAAGGUGUGUGCCGACUACGGCAGCGGUUCACCACUGGUUCUACGGACACCACGUGAUGGGGGCUGUCCCCUGUCGCCGUCACCUGCGUUGCUGCCACCAGCACCGUGAGCUCGAUGCCGCACGAGGCACGGCUUUUGUGAACUGUGGCCGUCACGGGUGACUCGGCAGAGGCAUUUCACCCCAGUGCUCUUGUGCUGCAAUAUGUACACAUACAAACGACGUGUUUUGUUUACCUUUAUUUCUUGUCUCUCGUUGUUGUUCUUUUAAUUAGGGCUUCUUCACAACUGUUUCUCAGUGCAACACCCUCACUUCUCUCUGUAUUAUUAAUUUUUUUUUCCCACUUUGCGUUGUGCCCCUUUGGUGGCACAAUUUUUUUUCUAUUUGUUUUAGAGCCUGUUCUGAGAGCUGUUUGUUCUUGUUGCUGCACAUAACCAUUGUUGUUGUGGUUGAUGUUUGUGUACAUAAAAAGUGGGUGUGUGGAAAGAUAGAGGCAGGAAAGGAGGAGGAGUGUACAUACGAAGGCGACAAGGCAAGCACUGUUUGUUGUUCCUCUCCACAGCCUGUGCUGUUACUUAGUCGUGUGUGCUGCCAUGCAAAAAGAGAGAAACGAAGCGCCAGGAAAUUGAGUGUCACAUGCACAGAAGCAGCAAACAACCGUGGGUGAUAGUGCAGGAACGCAUGGGGAGGAAAAGCCCAGGGAUGCAGCGCCACUCUUUGUUUAUAAGAACUGUACAAAAAUCAUUGUCACGAUGCACCCCCGCCCGCUCCCCUGCUCCAGCUUGGCUCUCGCCACGUAGGGGACUCGAAGAGGCCUUUGUCUGUGCAAGGAAUUGUAAAGUGUCAUCAAAGCGCCCAUCAAUCGACGUAACCUCUUCAUUUCAACGCCCUUCUCCCCAGUGAUGUUGCGCACAAAGUUUUCUUGCUUGGUUGGACACGUGGGAUGUUAAUCGUUCUCUCGUCCCCAGGUGCUCCCUGUUCUUUUUAAGAAGCUUGGGAAAAGGCGUUGGAGACUUUUCUGUGAUUUAGGUGGCGCCCUUUUUUUUUUUAUCCAACUCUGAGCGGAUGAAAUGUGCUCAGCACCCCAAGGCAGGCAGGCAUUUGUGUCCGGCGUGGCCUCCCACUCCUUAAGUCUGCCCCGGAACGUCCUUCAGACUGCUCUAAAAAUGUUGUGUUUUAAUAAUGUGCAAAGUGUCAAUGUAGGGCAAGGCGAGAUUUUCCUCUCCCUUCAUUUCCCGUAAAACUUUCAUUUUCAGUUCUUUUUUUUUUUGUUUUCAUAUCCCCGUUGUAAAUAACACGCGUUGGGGAUGUCUGGGCAAAGUGGAAGCCCAUGUGAACUGCUGUCUUCACGAAACAUGGCUCUACGGUGAUUUUUUUGUUGAACACAGCGAGCAGAUCAGGGACUUGGCUAAGGGCUGGGAAUGCGAUCGCAGGGAGAGAUAUAUGUAUACACACAACAUAUAUACAUAUAUAUAUAUAUUUAUAUACAUAAAUUUUUUUUAUGCUCUUGUGCAACUGCACUUGAAACAAAGCACAAAGUCGUUUCUCUGCCUCUUUUUUUUUUAAUUAGCAACUGCUUUUUUGUAGCUUUGCUUGCCUUUAUUUAUUUCUCCCACCCUUUCUGCGCAGAUAUGACCACUUCUUGAUGCAGUUUAUCUAACACAAAGCUAAGCAAAAUUUGAUAGCUGACCUGUGAAUUCUUUUAUUUAGUCAUAACACUCAUAGGAUGUUUUUUUGCACAUUGAAACGGGAAACAAUAAACAUUUUAUUGGAUGAAGCAUUACGGAUUAUUCUUCUCUCGGGCUGUUGUGCCGUUUUGUUGCAUGAUUUUCUUGUCUUAGGGCUCGUUUUUAUCUGCUUUUAAUGCACGGAUCUCUCUACUUCUUGCUUUCCUGGGGAGGAGGGGGGUUGCUUGGGGUUCCAGAGGGAAGGGCCAAAUCGGUGCGAGGCACUUCUCCGGGAAUUGCAAGCCUAUGCAAGUCAGAAAGUUGGCUUCCGUCGUCUGUCGCAGACCUUGUAGUAACAGUGAUGAGAGCCUGCCUUGGAAAUGCCUUGGUCUUUUCACACCUUGCGGCCAGCUGAACUUGUGCCCACAGCUGAGUGAGGGAUAUACUGCAACUUUCUUGCAGUGACAAAGUGCUUUAAUGUCAGAGUAUUUUUAUUUCUUUUUUUUCUUGGAAGUGCCAUAAUGUACCUUGUGCAAGAGAGAGGUAUGGUACAGACAACAAUGCAAAAAAAAAAAAAGUCUGUACUACAAGUGUGAGGAUUUUUAUUUUUUACUAUCGCCUUGUGCUGUGGACAUCGGUACUUGGUGAAUUGCCUUUUCCUUGUCUUUUGCCACGACUCAGGCACUUUACUUGAUGGUAGCAAUUUUACAAAAAGCUUUUUCCGAAUCUGCUCUCUGUGAAAGGGAGCCCGGUUUCAGCACUGUGGUGCAUUGAGGAAAUGCAUUGCUUGAACUUAGGGAACACUCCCCCCUCCCCCCACGAGACGACUGUUCUCAAGCUGUAGACUACUGGCUGUAGCUGGCUCUCCUCCUGCCUCACAUUUUAUUUACAUAGACAGCCAAGACAACAGAUGCAGUUGUAAAUUUAAUAAUAUAUAGUAGCCACAGCUGUCUAAGGCUGAGCGAUAUUUAACAAAUGGUGAGCAGAUUGAUAUGCAACUGUGCUUUUGCUAUUUUUUUACUGGCCUGUAGAUGAUGACUUUUCAUGCUUGAUCGUGUUUCUGUUCGAUUGGAAGGGGUGGGGUGUAGGGUAGAGGCGUAGGAUGCAAGUGGGGUCAAGUAGAACAGUUGCCGAUAUCGUUAAAAAGUGCAUGCAUUGCAGACUGCAUUGGGUUUUGCCUCUAUGCCAUGGGUUUUCUUUCCAAGUGAUCCACCCCGGCUAAUUUCACUCGCGUGUGUAUGCAUCUUUCUUUUUCUCUCCCUCAAAACGCUGGGCAUUCUUCAUGCACCUGUUUAGCAUGGUCGGUGCUUUUUCUGGACAUGCUUCCCUAUUGAAAAAAAAAAAAAAAAAAGGUGGAGUUGUGGUUGCACCUGUUCUUCUGCAUUAUCGACGUUCAUGAUGUAUUGUGGUGGCAGUUUUUUGAUUGACACAUCUAUAAUUUCCUUCCUUGCCUGGGGACGUUUGUUAGCAGACAACCCCUGAGGUGUAGCUUUGUUACUGUCCCCUUUUGCCCAGCCCUUUCCUUCUCUGCAUCACCCGUAUACAUAUGAAUGUAUAUCUGAACUAUAUAAAUACCUAUAAAUAUAUAUAUAUAUAUCUCCAGAGAAUUUUUUUGUUACUUUUGUGUUAUCAAUGCUGUACAUAGAUGUAAAUAUUUUUCCACGUUAGAGGAGUGUGCAAAUAUUCACAUGCCUCCUUGAACCACGAGUAGUGGAGUCAUGGUUUUUUCGGAGAGAAAUGAGAUGAAAAGGAUGUAUUUGCUUUCUUACAAAAGCUAUAAAAUAUAUGCAUUUGAAAGGUA